UUUUCACUAUUCCAUCACUUAUAAAAAUACUUUUCAAAGCCUAUAGAGGUGCUACAAAAAUAUAAUAAAUAAUGUUGUUAGCUAGAGAAUUGUACAUGAGUGUUAUGUGAUUUGACCUUUUCUAUUAUUAUGGGAUACCCACUACAGCAGAUGAUUAUUUCAAAAGUAAAUAAUCAUCUGUAUAUUGUCUUCAUUUCAUUUAACGAAUUUCAAAUUUCAUGUAAUUAACUUAGAUAAAAAUUAUUAAGUUUUCAAUUUCAAGUAGAAAUGCAUUAAAUCAAAAGGUGAACUAUAAUUGUAAUAACACAGUUUAAAAGUGCUAAUUAUACAGUGAUUGCUAGAAAAAAAUUGAAAGUUACAACAAUGGCUUCCCCAAGACCAGCCAUUUCAAUUGUCAAAUGCCUAUCACCCCGGAAAUUAACAAAUGUAACUAAUAUAGAACGUUUGAAUCCACAUAUAAAUCAACAAAAUAAAUUAACUGUACAAAGGGUUAUUCAAAAUUCUUUGGGUUCUUUACAUUCAAAAAUUGAUUCACCAUAUAAAAAAAAAAUUAUUACUGAAGGUAUCACAGAUAAAAACUGGACAGUACUUGGUAACGGUGGUUUUGGAACUGUUUAUAAAGUUUAUUAUAAGGGGGAAGCUGUAGCAGCUAAAGUAAUUAAAAAAAAUCAACAGAAAAAUUUAAUCAAAAUCAUGGAAAAAGAAGUAGCUUAUUUAAGGCAUUCAAAUAUUGUUAAAAUUCUCAAAGUUGAUGAAGGCCCUGCCUUAACUUUAAUUACAAUGGAGCUAUGCGGUAAUUCCCUUCAAGAAGUUUUACAAAAAAAUUCAAUAUCUAUUCAACAAAAAAUACACAUUUGGAAAUCUAUCUCUAAGGCUCUCAUUUACUGUCAUAAGAUGCAUGUCAUCCAUGCGGAUGUUAAACCAAAAAAUGUUUUAAUGGGUCAAGAUAAAAAACCAAAAUUGGCUGAUUUUGGUAGUGCUGUUUUCACAAAUGAUCCAUAUCCAUUAAAUUUUUUUCAUGGAACUCCUGGGUAUGCUGCUCCAGAAGUCGUGCAAAAUAAAGCUUUAACACCAAAUUCUGAUAUUUAUUCCUUAGGAGUUUUAGCUUGGCAAAUGUUAAGUAGAAAAUCUCCAUUUGAAGGUUUACAUAAACACACUAUUCUUUACUUAACAGGUAAAGGCAUAACGCCACCUGACAAGGAGUUAGCAGAUGGAUGUAAUGGUAAAUAUAAAGAUUUGUACAGAAAGUGUUGGAAUGAAAUUCCAGAAGAUAGACCCAAUCUCUUAAUCAUUAUGAAUCAAUUAAAUCAAUUGGAAAAUAACUGCAAAGAAGCAUCUCAUUAAUUUGUUCAAAGUUUUGAUUCAUGUUUUAUUUUCCUUAAAUUUUGAAUUAAUUACCAAGUAUUAAAAAAUGACAACUUCUCAGU